AUGGAGAAAUUACCAAAAUCAUUUUGUCUUCUCUCAUGUGUACUCGUCUUGUUAUUGAGUUCAGUCUCAGCAGUUACAGAUGAUCCUCAGGAUAAACAGCUGUAUAUUGUCUACAUGGGAUCACUUCUCACUGGGAAAGAAUACACACCAAUGUCUCAUCACAUGAGCAUCCUUCAAGAGAUCACCGGAGAAAGUUCGAUCGAAGAUCGUCUAGUAAGAAGUUACAAGAGAAGUUUCAAUGGGUUCGCUGCCCGGCUCUCUGAGCCAGAACGAGAAAGAAUGGCCCAGAUGGAAGGAGUUGUGUCAGUGUUCCGGAGCAAGAAGUUACAAAUCCAAACAACAGCGUCUUGGGAUUUCAUGGGGUUAAAAGAAGGAAAUAAUACAAAGCGAAACCUAGCCGUAGAAAGUGACACUAUCAUCGGUCUUUUUGACACUGGGAUAUGGCCAGAAUCAGAGAGCUUCUCUGACAAAGGCUUUGGUCCUACUCCAAAGAAAUGGAAAGGUGUUUGUUCAGGCGGCAAAAACUUCACUUGCAACAACAAGUUGAUCGGAGCAAGAGACUACACAGGCGAAGGCACCAGGGACCUUGAUGGCCACGGCUCACACACAUCAUCCAUUGCGGCUGGAAACGCAGUUGCGGGGGCAAGCUUUUUUGGAAUCGGCAAUGGAACCGCUAGAGGCGGCGUUCCAGCUGCGAGGAUCGCUGCUUACAAAGUAUGCAACAGCACAGACUGCACCGAUGAUGCUAUACUGUCUGCAUUCGAUGACGCGAUAGCAGAUGGUGUGGAUUUCAUCAGCAUCUCCAUCGGGGAAGCGGGAGAGGCCCUUAACUACCAAGAGGACACAAUCGCCAUCGGGGCUUUCCAUGCUAUGGCCAAAGGGAUCCUCACUGUGAACUCAGCCGGUAACAGCGGUCCGAGUCCAACCACAGUCAGUAGCGUUGCGCCGUGGAUAUUAUCCGUUGGAGCCAGCACAACAAACCGUGAGUUUCUGACCAAAUUUGUUAUCCAAAACGGAAAGACACUUGUGGGGAGAUCAGUGAAUGCUUUUGAUCUGGAAGGAAAGAACUAUCCUCUAGUCUCCAUAAGAUCUGAACAGGUCAAGGGAAAAAUAUUGGUGAGCAUAUAUUCAUUUGGUUCAGAUGUAGCUGUUGCAACCAUAAUUAAAGACGACCCAAACUUGGCCACCGUUACCCCUCAUCCCCUCUCUGCUCUAUUACCAGAUGAUUAUGACUUUGUUGUCUCUUACGUUAACUCCACAAAGUCCCCACAAGGCACUGUUCUAAAAACUGAGGCAGUCUUUAAUCAGAAAUCUCCUAAAGUUGCUUCCUUCUCUUCUCGCGGUCCAAACACAAUCGCUGUUGACCUUCUAAAGCCGGAUAUAACAGCACCAGGAGUGGAGAUUCUAGCUGCUUUUUCACCUUUGGGUUCACCUUCAGAAGACGAGGAUAGAGACCGAAGACAUGUGAAUUACUCUGUUAUAUCUGGAACUUCAAUGUCUUGUCCACACGUUACAGCCGUGGCUGCAUACAUCAAGACUUUUCAUCCUGACUGGUCUCCUGCCAUGAUUCAAUCUGCCAUCAUGACAACCGCUUGGUCAAUGAAUGCUUCUGAAACUGGGGUUGCAUCAACCGAGUUCGCUUACGGAGCUGGACAUGUGGACCCAAUAGCUGCUCUAAAUCCUGGACUUGUCUAUGAACUAGACAAAGCAGACCACAUAACCUUUCUCUGCGGUUUGAACUACACUUCAAAAACCCUUAAACUCAUUACCGGUGAAGCUGUCACUUGCAGUGGAAAUAAUACCUUACCAAGAAACCUCAACUAUCCUUCAAUGUCGGCUCAACUUUCGAAAACUAAUAGCUCCUUCACCGUCACUUUCAACAGAACCGUCACCAACGUCGGUACCCCCAACUCUACAUACAAAUCGCAGAUUGUCUUAAAUCACGGUUCUAAGCUCAAUGUCGAGGUCUCUCCUAGUGUUCUAGCUAUGAAAACUGUGAAGGAGAAGCAGUCUUUCACCGUGACUGUUUCAGGAAGCAACAUCGACCCAAAGCUGCCUUCUUCUGCAAGUUUAAUAUGGUCUGAUGGCACCCAUAAUGUUAGAAGCCCCAUUGUUGUUUAUAUUGAUAUUCCUGAUGAUUCAGUCUGA